AUGCAUCUGUGGCCACUGCAGCCCCCCCAGGGGUUUGAAAUCCCUGAUAGGGCUUUUGGAACAGGGGAGGAAACUUGUGAAGAUCAUGUGUUACAAAGUUUGAUAGUCCCUCAUACAAAUUGCAUGGUCGUUCUCACGUCAACCAGAGUUCUCAUUUACAACCACAAACCACCAGCAUUGAUUUCGACGCAUGAACGUAGUCUCCAAUCAAUUACGGAUUUUGGGGCAAAUCGAUUUGUAGUGUCUGACACUAGCUCCUUGGAAGACCCGAAAAGCGACUCCGGCGAAUUAAGACAUCAAGGCGAAGGCGGCCGGAGCAAGGCAAAUUUUUAUGUUAUUACAGAUAAGAACGUCAUUUUGGUCUAUCAACUUCUGCUUUCAGCAAGCAGAUUCAGUGUUUUCAAGGAGGUCGGCAUUCCCGUCCUUGACCUUAAUAAUAUCACCGCUGAAAAUGGGCAAGACUUUUUAGACGAUGAUGAAGACGACGAAAUUCUGACCGUUUUCGAUAAGACAGAUUCAAACAAGCUUAUUCAAAACGGUUUUAGCAUUGAAAAGCAGAGGGGCUUUUUGCAUCUUUUUAACAAGAACUCAGAAACAAUCGAUGAAGUUCCUAUUAGAAAAGUUGAACUUAGGUUGAAAAUCAUCCUCCGCUUUGACUAUGAAAUCACAGACGUUAGGGGAUUCUAUGAACCUGCAAAUGACGAAAAUGAAGAAGAGGCGGAAUUUCUAGUGAUCCUGUUUGCGCAUGGGCUUCAAUCGUUAAAUUUAAAGAGUUUCAAAAUGAAUGAAAGCUCUGUGAUCAAUGUCAAAGACGGUGUCGCUAUAGUCCCUAUAAAUGAUACACUUUGUGUUGUUUCGCAGAAAGAAAGCCUUUUGCAUAUCAACUACGUGAGUAUAGCUGAUCGAAAGGUCAAGACGACUGAGCUCAAUUAUGAUGCAAAUGAAAAAUUGAUGAAUGCUUUCGCACUGGGCACAAUGAUUGGACUCGCAUUCCAGCAUCGAAUCGCUUAUUUUUCGGUUAUGACGGAGGAUAUCAUAGUUGCGCACAGUGUCGGAGCACCAAUUAAAGUUUGUAAGCCUUUAAAUGAAGAUACCUUCCUAGUCCUGCAGGAAGAUGGAGAGCUUCACGCUAUUAGCAAGUGGGGUAAUGUGCUAUUUUCGCUUUUCAAUAGUGAGUACAACGAAAAUGAGAAAAUGUCUUACUCACGGGCACAGGAUUUUGCUGUCCUUGAUAAGACACUAGCGAUCGUCACGGAAUCAGGAUGGUAUCUUCGCUGCGAGCUCUGGCAAGAAUGUUGGAAUGAUUUUACAGAUUUUCGGAAUUCCAGACCCUUUAUUUUGCAUAAUGACAAUAACGACAUUGUGAUCUUUUCGAAACCACCUGAGCUGGACUCAAGUGUUGUAUCGCAAUCAAUAAGGUUACCGACUAAAACUUUAAACAAUUAUGUUCCGUUGAUAAAGGUCAAUGGUUGUGUUUCGCGAUUAGCCGCUUACGUGGCCAACAAAAACAUUCUGCUCUUGCAUUCAAUGGAACACAAUACUUGGCAAAGUUUCACCGACAUGAGCGUUAUUGAUAUGCAUUGGAUUGCGGAUGAUUACUUAUUAAUUGCUAGUACGGAGGACGAUAAUUCUCAGAUGUUAAAGUGUUACGCAAUGACAUCAAAUGAUGAGAGCAUUUCAGAUUUAAGAGACGCAUCAAUUUGGGAAUACCAAAUCUCCGAUAGCUCGAUUUCAAGUGUUCAUGUCAACACUCUUUCUAGAUUCAGACUUUUAAAAGUCAAGUCGAAAACUUCAACAGCAGUGAACCUCGAUACAUUUUUCAAAACUGCUGAAAUAAUACUGAUUUGUGAAAACAAACGCUUGCAAGUCAUUGACGUUAUAUCCAGCAUAUCUCAAAACGGUCACAUCGGUCUCAGAAGGUUUCACGCACUACCUGUAACGAUGGUGGCCCACCGAUUUACUGAGAAUUUGAAAGGAAUAUUUUCAUAUGCAGAUGGAUUCUUCGCGUACGAAGGUGACGUUGUCUUGAAAAUAAAAAGAGCGGAGGAUAAAGGCUAUGAAGAAGAAGCCAUACUCGAAGGCGUUGAGAAAAUCAUCGAUCUGGUAGCGGAGGAAAUCUAUCUUGUACAAAAGGGCAACUUUAUAGCGUUUUCACUGCCCGACUUAUGGACAUCUGGAGACUGUUCUGCCUCUUCAGCCAUCCUGGAAGACGGCUACCCAGCGGCGGUCUCGCCAGGUGCCAAAAUCGUGCACAGUGUCCAAUGCGUCAAUAGGGAAAGAUUCUCGAAGCUCAUAAUGCACCAAAACAUAUUUCUCGAUCAAAUUAUACUGAGUGCUUUUAAGCACAACAUUGCGAGCAAGGAGAUAGACGAAAAAUACCGGACAUUGAAGCAUUACAAGUUCGCACUGGAAAAGAUACUGUCGGUGACAAUUCUAGACAAUAAGCCGCUCGACUCCAUAGUGGCCUUGAUUGACUGCUAUGAUAAGGGACCCGUUAAAGUUGGCAAGCUGGAAAUCAUAAGCAAUUGUUUGAGAAAAAUAGAAGUCGAGCACUGGGAAUCCCUGUUUCAAGGGUUAAGUCUCACACCAAAAUCGCUAUUGGUCAUGUGUGUUGAACAAAAUCAAGCAAAAGCCUUGGGCAUAUUGCUGAUGGUUUUUUUAAGCUACGACGACAACCAGCUAAACAAUUCAGUGCCAUUGAAACUCGACUCUCCAUCAGCGCCAAUAUCAAAGGGAAAAAAGAAAAAUAAGAACAAAAAAAAAGCAUCGACUAGAAGCAGUGCUCCAAGAUCUCCAGAAAGCGAUCCAGGUUUUGCCAAAGUUCUAAAUGACGAGAAUUUAAUUAUUCAAGUGUUACAGAUUUUGGUCACAGCUGCUUCGACAGCCAAAACUGCCGACGAGGCUCGGGACUACUGGGACUUGAGUUUUCAGCUUGUUAGAUUCAUGCAAGCACUUGACGCCGAAAACAAGUCCGAUUUGGUGAACAGAUCCCUACAACUUAUACAGUAA